AUGGCGCCUCCAGUCUCUGAUCUUCCCGACGAUAUCCCCGUUACCCAUGCCGCCGUCGCUACUAUCUGGAACUUUAUCGUCGCCCAUCCGUUCGUGAUUCUCUUUGCCCUACUAGUGAUCAGACCUCUGUAUAAGAGGUACUCUUCGCCUUUGCGACAGUACCCUGGUCCUUUUAUCGCCUCCUGCACUCGGCUAUGGAAAUUCUGGAGCACCUGGACCGGCAAGACCGAGCAGCACCACAUUGCCCUCCACAAGAAGUACGGUCCUGUUGUACGGGUUGCCCCUAAUGAGGUCUCCUUCGCCUCCCCGGAAGCCGCCCUCGCCAUCUUCCAAGUCGGCAAGGGUUUCCACAAGACCGACUUCUAUGGUGUCUUUCCUCCUCCAGAGAACCCUGACAUCUUCACCGAAACCCGCGAGGCCGUCCACGGCGUCAAAAAGCGCUAUGCUGCUACCCCUUACUCCAUGGCCACCAUGCAACAGUCCACGUCGCGAAUCGAAGACACUGAGCGCCUGCUCGUCAGAAAGCUCGAUGACUAUGCCGAUGGCCACCAGGUCUGUGACUUGGGCGACUACUUACACUUCUUCGCUUUCGACGUGUUGGGCGAAGUAGCCUUCUCCGCUAACUUCGGCUUCCUCGAGGCAGGGGUUGACGUCGAUUCCGCUAUCAAAACCAUCGAUAACUCGCAAUGGUACAACGGCCUGAUUGGUCAAAUCCCAAUCCUCGACAAGUUCCUGCGCCGAAACCCCCUGUGGAAUUUUGUGCCUUUCCUUGCCACCAAGAAUGCGUUGAUAACGCGCACUGCCCUUUCGCAGCUCGCCAAGCGCCACGACCCGAACAACAAGGAAACCUACAAGGACCUGCUGAACAGCCUCAUCCAAGCGCAGCAGCAGAAUCCCGACAAGCUCGGCGAAGGCGAUGUCUUUGCCAUCGCGCACGGCGCCAUCUUCGCCGGCUCCGACUCCACCGCCUCCACCAUGCAGUCUUUCUUCUGGAACGUCCUCAACAACCCGCGCGUCUACGACACGCUCGUCAAGGAAAUCACCUCGGCCGACAUGUCCGACAUGGUGCAGUACAACGAGGCCCAGACCCUGCCCUACUUCCAAGCCUGCCUCAAAGAAGCCAUGCGUCUGCAGCCCGCCGUUGGGUUGAACAUCACUAGGAAAGUGCCAGUCCAAGGGGCGGAAAUUGGCGGCGCAAAGCUCCCGGGAGGGACAGAGGUGGCGGUGAACGGCUGGGUGCUGCACCGCGCCCGCGAGGUGUUUGGCGACGACGCAGAAGUCUACAGACCCGAGCGCUGGCUAGAUGCCGACCCGGAUCGGCUGCGGAAUAUGGAUCGAUGCAUGUUCCAGUUCGGCGGUGGCUCACACCUCUGCAUCGGCCGACAUCUGGCGCUGCUCGAGAUGAACAAAGUGCUGCCGCAGCUGCUGCGGCGGUAUGAUGUCCGACUCGUGACGCCGGGCAAGGAAUUGGAGCACCACUCUAGCUUCUUUGUCGUGCAGUGGGGACUGAAGGUUUACAUGACCAAGAGGCCGGGGCAGGAUUAG